AUGGCUUUUUCCUCACAAUUCUCUCUCUCUUUUUCUCUCUUACAUAUUUUAUUUAAGCCAAUUUUUCUAUAGCAAAUUCCAUUACAACACUUCUCUCUCUUCUUCUUCUUAUUCUUCUUCUCUCAUCAUAUUUUUUACAUCAAAAUUAAUUCCAUAUUAUGUUUCGUGUUAUAGAGUUAUUUAGUUUGAUUCAUCGUUUUGUUAAAGUCACUUUUUCUUUAACAUUUUAUUUCAUCUUAUACUUGUAAAAAGAUUACAUUUUUAUAUAUAUUUAGUACUAUUCUUUAUUGUUUCAUUCAUUUUUCCCAAUUGGGUAUCUGAAAAAUCUCACUUUUUUCUCAUUUUUUCAUUUUUUCAAUUGUUACCAAAAAUGAUGAAAGGUUCACAAAAUCACAACACCAAGUACUCAUCAAUGGCUAUUCUCACAAGACUCACAAAUGUUGCCCAAAUCCAUUUCAUCAACAUGCUCACAUAUAUAAUCCUAUUUGGUUGUGGUUUAACCUUUGGAAUUAUCUUAACAACUUACAUGAAAGAAUUCUCAUUCAAUCUCCAAUUCACACAAUUCUCAAUCUCAACUUCUUUACCAACUUAUCAAAACACAACUCAAUUAAGUCCUCCUUUGAUGAUAAGUACUACAACAACUACUACUACUCAAAAUGACACUACUAAAGAAGAAGAAAAAGAAGAAAUUGUUAUAAGGCCGAAUAUCAGCCGUCGAAUUGGAUUGGAUGAUUAUCUGACACCGCCAAAUGUAACACACGAUAUGACCGAUGAAGAGUUGUUGUGGAGAGCUUCAAUGGCUCCAAAGAUUCCACAAUAUCCAUUUGAGAGAGUUCCUAAGGUUGCUUUCAUGUUUUUGACAAGAGGACCUGUUUUUAUGGCUCCAUUUUGGGAUAAAUUCUUUGAAGGACAUGAAGGGCUUUACUCAAUUUAUGUUCAUUCUAAUCCUUCUUACAAUGGAUCAGUUCCUCAAAAUUCUGCCUUUUUUGGUAGAAGAAUUCCCAGUAAGGAAGUAGGAUGGGGAAAAGUGAGUAUGAUCGAAGCCGAGCGGCGCCUACUAGCGAAUGCCCUACUCGACAUAUCGAACCAACGAUUUGUGCUCCUCUCUGAGGCUUGUAUCCCGCUCUUCGACUUCAAAACAGUCUACAAUUACCUAAUAAACGCCAAGAAAAACCAUGUCAUGGCCUACGAUGAGCCCGGGGCGGUAGGAAGAGGCCGAUACAAUUACCACAUGUACCCCGAAAUCUCCCUAAAGCAAUGGAGAAAAGGGUCUCAAUGGUUCGAAAUGGGGCGAGAAUUGGCCAUUGAAGUUGUUUCUGACCAAAUCUACUUUCCCAUUUUCCAAAAGUAUUGUCAUGGCUCUUGUUAUGCUGAUGAGCAUUACCUUCCAACAUUUGUGAGUAUCAAGUUUUGGGAGGGCAAUUCCAACAGGAGUUUGACUUGGGUUGACUGGUCAAAGGGUGGUCCACACCCAGCUAGGUUUUGGAGAACAGAUGUAACGGUUGAGCUUUUGAGGGGUUUAAGGAAUAAUAAUAAUACUAAUUGUGAGUAUAAUGAUAAUGGUACUAAUCUUUGCUUCUUAUUUGCUAGGAAGUUCUUGCCUAGUGCUGUGGAUAGGCUUGUCAAGUUUGGCCCCAAAAUUAUGCACUUCCAUUAAGUUUAGGGAUACACAAAUGAGAGUGAUGUGAUGACCAUUCUUGUACUCAAUAUUGGUGCUUCAUUUUGUUUAAUUGAUUUUUUUGUAU